CAAACGGCCCGCACCCCGUGGUCUGUUGGGAGGCGUAGUUUGGGUCUGUAGUUUCUUCUCCAGCCUGCGGCAGCAAGCCUCCCUUUCCGGUUUAAGGUCCAGGAAAUGUUCGUCGCGGGGGGCGGGGCUACUGGACUGCAGUGUUGAUGAGUCGCUUAGCAACUGGGAGGCUUACAUUUGGGAGGGUGGCAGCUCUAGAAACUAUCCGGCCUUCCACCCACCCCUCCCCUCUCUAAACCCUUCACCUAGGAGCUGCCAAACAUCUGGAUCAACUUGGGCAUUAAGGAGGGGUUGAAUUUCUACCAGUAAGGCGCCUUUUUACAUUGCUUUCUCGACCUCCUGCUCACAUCCGUAAAGCCCACUGAAUUUUUUUACUAUACUUUUUAUGAGAACAAGACAUUAUCUAGGAAGAUGGUGGCAGAAAAAGAGACCCUCGGCUUAAACAAAUGCCCAGACAAGAUGCCGAAGAGGACCAAACUGCUGGCACAACAGCCGCUCCCGGUGCACCAGCCUCACUCCUUGGUUUCUGAGGGCUUCACAGUCAAAGCUAUGAUGAAAAAUUCAGUCGUGCGAGGCCCUCCAACUGCCGGUGCAUUUAAAGAAAGACCAACCAAGCCUACAGCCUUUCGAAAAUUUUAUGAGCGAGGAGACUUCCCAAUUGCCCUUGAGCAUGAUUCGAAAGGAAACAAAAUAGCCUGGAAGGUGGAAAUUGAGAAGCUGGAUUACCAUCAUUAUCUGCCUCUGUUUUUUGAUGGGCUUUGUGAAAUGACAUUUCCUUAUGAGUUUUUUGCUCGGCAAGGAAUCCACGACAUGCUGGAACACGGGGGGAACAAGAUUCUACCUGUCAUUCCACAGCUCAUUAUCCCAAUAAAAAAUGCCUUGAACCUCCGAAAUCGACAAGUCAUCUGUGUGACCCUCAAAGUCCUCCAGCAUCUGGUUGUGUCCGCUGAGAUGGUAGGCGAGGCUUUAGUGCCCUACUAUCGUCAAAUCCUCCCCAUCCUGAACAUCUUUAAGAAUAUGAAUGUCAACUCCGGAGAUGGCAUCGAGUACAGCCAGCAGAAGAGAGAGAACAUCGGGGACUUGAUCCAGGAGACGCUGGAAACUUUUGAGCGCUAUGGAGGGGAGGACGCCUUUAUCAACAUCAAGUACAUGGUGCCCACCUACGAGUCGUGCUUGCUGAACUGACAUGGGAGCAGCUGCAAUGAGAGGAAGACUUCCCUUGGUGCCUUGGUCAUCUGUCUCUGCAGCUUCCAGCAUCUCAUUACUUGUGACUUUUACAGCUUUCUUUCUACAUCUGCUAGAAUAGUGGCGUCUGGGCCAUUGGACUGUUAGCCCUUUUGAGAGCAAGGCUUUCCAAUACAUAAAUAGUGCCUGUUUCUUAGAUUACAAUAGUGUACUGUGCUUAUUUGUUCUACAAGAAGAAUUGCUUCUUUAUACAGCUUGGUUGGAGGCAUGAGUCCGAGUUAAACCUUCAGUUGUAUAGACAAUAAAACUAUAAUUUUCAUACGCAA